ACUUUUGGACAAUUAAAUUUCCAACUUCGACGCGUUAUUGUUAUUAUUAUUAUUAUAAUAUACGUGCAAGUACGUAAGUAACUGUUGUUACAAAUGACGCAACGUGUCCCGAGCGCCGGUUUUUACGACGUUGACACAGCCAUCGAGGAUCACAACUACACGAUGUUCUCGAUGUAUCCGCCGCCGCCACCGCGACCUUCCAUUAUUUUGGCGACAAAUUCAAACUGCACAUCCGAUCCCUGGCAUUUAACCAAAGAAGAGAAAGCCAUGCUCGUAUCGCUCGACGGUCUUCACAGCGGAGUACCGACAAGAACAACACCAACGCUUACACCUACAACGCUGCGCAGCAUAGAGCAAACGUUUUUGGAACUCACAAGCGAGUCUGCAUCUCACAGCCGAGAGGCUGGAUUUGUACCGCCUUUGGUAGAACCUUCGCAGCCGACGCCGGCCCAAACUCAAAACCCGGGUCAUCACCACAACAACAAUAACAACAACAACAACAACAACAACAACCAUAAUCAUCAGCAAGUAAACGCCAACGGCCUGCUUGUUCCUGUUGUCGAUAAUCAACAACAGUCUCAGACUCAGACGAGUAACAACCAGUCACCGAAUCAGCCGCAACAGACAAGGCGCAACAUGGGUGGACGAAGGCCCACUAGGACCGUCGGCAUGAGUCCUGAAGAGGAGGAACGGCGACAGGUCAGGCGCGAGAGGAACAAAAUGGCAGCAGCCAGGUGCCGCAAGCGGAGGAUGGAUCACACCAAUGCCCUUCUUGAGGAAACCGAGGGCUUGGAGCAAAAGAGGCAGAAUCUACAGGACGAGAUAACGCAGCUCAGACAAGCCAAGGAUGAACUGGAGUUCAUACUGGAAGCGCACAGGGCUGUUUGUCGUUUGAGAGCCUCUUCGCCGCCGGACGUAAAGCCGGAUAUAAAACCGAUCGAACUGCAGCCUUCGCAGCAACAUCAACAUCAACAGCAGCAACAUCAGCAACAACAGCAACAACAACAACAACAGAGCGACAAUGAUUUUGCGGAACCUAUUCCCAGGGCGGCCAUAGCGACGGGGAAGCCGAACAGACCGAAUUCCCUACCGAUAUUCAACGAGCCUAAGGAGAGACCCGACAGCCUGCAAUUCAAGACUGUAGAAACACCGGCCUUUAUGAAAACCGUACCCGAAGUUGCCGGCGUGCCGAUAACGACACCCUCCAGUGGCAUACCAUUCAAUUUUGAGUCGUUGAUGGAGGGAGGAACCGGACUUACGCCUGUUUCUACUCCCCUCAUUCCGUCGUGCUCUUCCCAACAGAGGAGCAACCUUUCCGCCGUCGAUCUCAGUUCCCCUGACGCCAAUCCACCGAAGUUGGUCAGCUUGUGACGCCAGGCCGACGACGAUAACAACCAAAACGACUCUCGGAUUGACGACGAGGACUACACGUCGGAUUACGAUAACGACGCCGAGUCACGCGAGGAUUGAUCAUCUUAUAAUAACGAAGAUUUAUUCUUCCCGUGAUUUAUUUUAAUUUUAUCGUUUGGUUUCACUUUUUUCGAAAUUGUAACUUGGUGCUUGAAAACACCAUGUUCGAAUCCAAAUAAAAUAUUUAAAAAGAAAAGUAGAUAUUCGCCGUGUGGCGGUAUUUUCCCUAGAGAAAAAAAAUCUAACGGAAACACGUGUUUAUAAGCGAGUGAUAAUACGAUAAUAUAAUAUAAUAUAAUAUAAUAUAAUGAUAAUUGUAAUUAUAAUUAUAAUUAUAAUUAUUGAAGGAUUUAAAACAAACUAGAGGUUAAUAGUAAUAUUAUUGUUAACGAUAACAAUAUUGAAUAUUAUAUAUGUAUCUAUGGUAUAAGUGAGGAAGAAUGCUGAAUUUUUAUAUUUUAUGAAAUAUGUAAUGUACAUGUAAACAUGUAUAGAUAUUCGACACACCGUAUUAUACUAUAUGUGUAUAUGUUUAUGUAUAUGUGCAGGCAGACGCGACGAAAGUUUUGAAUAAUGUAUUAGUCCAGUAUAUUAUAUAAAUAUGAUAAACGCGUUUUAAGCUCAAGCAUUGGCCAUCACCCUUGAAUCUAGGUUAAAAGUAGAAUGAACGAAAGUAAGAAAACUAGAGCGACAAUUUUGUAAAGCAAAAAAAUGUGAUGUAAUAUCGUUCUCUUCUCUUUUUCGAUCAUUCGAAUUGUGUAUAAACACCAUUGCAUUGCGUUAAAUUAUAAUACGAGAUAUGCUCACGCUCAUCCCUCGAAAUUGUUCCAAUUUUUAUACAUAUUUUAUAUGUAUAAAGAGAAUGCCAAUAAUUUUGCGUAAUAUAUAAUUAAAUAUACGUUAUAUCUUAUACUUAUAUGUUCAGAAUAGAACUCAAUGGAACGAGAGAAAUGAAAAGAGAAACGCAUGACGUGUGUGAAAUCGAAGAAAUUAGAUGAUUGGGGGUGAAAAAAGGGGGGUCGUGAAGAUUUUCUUUUUUUUUUUCUUUCAACCUCUACAGGUGCUGUAAAAUAACCGCAAUAUCAUAAGACUGCCAUGCCUUGAUCUAUAUACUAUACAUAUGUAAAUUUAUUUUGACAUACAAUAUAAAUCCAGAUCUCUAAAUCGUUUCUUUUUUCUUUCUAUUAACAAUUUUUCUUCGAUCAUUCACCGUCCUGUUCCAAAGUUUCUCGGCAGUAUCUGCCAAAUAUGCAGAAUAUUUUAAGAGGAAAGAGAAAACGCUACCAGCAACCCGAACAUGCCUCAAUAAAUAUUUGUACGAUAAUAAUAAUAAUAAUAAUAAUUAGACACGAUAAUUACCUAUUAAUAAUAGUAAUGUUUAAAAGUAAUCCCUCCAUGUAUUAAUAUACUUGUGUACACACGAUACCAUUUACGAUUUGUAUAGAGAUAUUUUCUGUAGAGAAGGAGGAAAAAAUGUUUAAAGAAAGGAAAAGAAGAAGAGAAGAAACGAAUUGAACCUUUCUUUGGAUUUUUUCUUUUUUUAUUCAAUAGUACGCUGAUCACUUUUAGCAAUAUUGUAUUAUUAAUAUAUUUAUAUCCUGAUUGACGGAACGUGUGCGAAUUGUGGUCGGAGACUCGGAAACUAGUUAACCCCCCCCCCUUGCAAUAUUAUUAAUUGUGCACAGUAUUCCCUGAUUGUAUAUUAUUAUCUGGUAUAAACGUAGAUGUAAUUUUAAUUCGUCUCCCUAAAAGUUCCGCAAUUUCACACGAUCAUAACGUGAGCGCAUGCUUCACGAUUUGUCUUGUAUCCCCUGAAUCGCCUGUUUUUUUU